GUUGGGAAGUAUCUUGAGGAGAAGAAAUGGUCCUUCAGUAAAGCUGGAUCAUCGCAGAAAGGAAUGGUUAUAGGACUGGGAGCACUCAAUCUUUUUGGAGUUGUUGUUCUGGGCAGCAUGUUAAAGAACACUGCAAUAGCACCCGCUGGCUUUAUUUCUUUUGUUGCUGACAUAUUUCCUCUACUCCAGGUCUAUGCUGCUUCGUUCUUUGCAAUACCCUUGUUCCGAUGGUUCCUCUUGCGUAAAAGGAAUGCAGAUAUUGAAAAACGCAAUCUGGGUAGAAAACAACAAGCUCGAGCCCUUGAAUUGCCUGAUUCAUCUCUCAGAAGGAAGCUUUCCAGCGCUAGAGAGAUGGCACGUCGAACUGUUAUUGGUUCAGAGAGGAUAGUCUACAGUACAGAAAAAGAUGUUUCAGACCAAGAUUUUGAGGCUAGAGAAUGGGAUCGGAGAUUCAGAGAACUUGAGAGAUCGGAUUGAUGACAACACUGUUUUAUCCUUCAUAUCAUCAAACUAUCUUUGCUGCUGCUGCCCCAUAAUACCCUAACCAGGAAGUGUGCUGGUUACUGAAGGCGUAAAUCAGAAAGCAGCAGGGCUUCACUCUCCAUUUGUACAAUUUCUGUUAAUAUCACCAUAAUUUUAUCAACAGACAGCUGCUGGCUGCCAGGGCACUUCCAGACAUUGACAAAGACACUGCGGUCAGUUUUUUGCACAUGGCUCGGGUUGUUGUAGAAAUGUUUCACUUUUGUACGCGCUAUUGUUGUAAUAAUUUCUUUAAGUUCUAAUGUUAUUCUUAAGGUAGCUAUCA